AUGGAGCACCACUUCUACAACAUUGUCGGUGCAGAGCGGCGAGACGGCCAAAACUGCACCCGUGUGACAUGCCCACGGACAGGAGAAGCUCUUUGGGAAGCUCCUCUGGCUUCCAAAGAAGAUCUGGAGGAUGCUGUGAGCUCUGGUAGAGCUUCUGCGAGGUCUUGGGGCAAUGCCAGCCUCCAUAUCCGUCAGAAUCUGCUCCGUGACUUUGCUCUCGAGCUCACAGCGUGGGCGAAAUCUUUAUCGCCAAUUCUUGCAAGAGAGACUGGGAAAUCGGUAAGUCAAACAAAGAGGCUCUGCCAUGUCGGCAGCCAGCGCUGUGAAUGCUCUGACCACCUCGAAUCAUCCCAAUCGCUCGACGAUGAAGUAGUCUACGAGGAUGCAACGGUCAAAGUGGUGGCAACCCAUAUGCCGCUAGGUUUGGUCGCCGCCAUCUGCCCGUGGAAUUUCCCAUUGGUCCUCGCCAUGGGUAAAAUUGCUGCAGCGCUUCUGACCGGAAACUGUGUGAUUGUCAAGCCGUCUCCGUUCACACCGUAUACAACAAUGAAGGUUGUCGAAUUAGCCCUGGAUGUCUUCCCCCCCGGCGUCUUACAGGUGCUGCAUGGAGAGGCCGACCUGGGGCGAGAGCUCACUAUACAUCGAAGCAUAGAUAAAAUAACCUUCACGGGCUCCACGGCAACCGGCAAGAAGAUCAUGGAGAGCGCGGCGUACACGCUGAAAAACAUGACACUGGAACUUGGGGGCAAUGAUGCCUCAAUCGUUUGCGACGACGUCAACGUAUCAGCUGUGGCACAUGAGGUCGCUCAGGGGUGUCUCUUCCACUCUGGCCAAAUGUGCGUAGCAACAAAACGUGUCUACGUACACAAAUCCAUUUACGAGGCUUCCCUUAGAUGUCUAGUGAAGGAAUUCGAACUGUUCAUCACGGGCACUCCAAGAGAUACCCCUUCGAUCUUCGGCCCUCUUCAAAACAGUGCCCAGUUCACCAUUGUCAAGGAGCUUAUAGAUGAUUGCAAGGCUCGAGCCUAUCGGUUUGCCACUGGCGGGAAGGUUGAAGAGGGUCCAGGUCUAUGGAUUCAGCCUACAAUCGUCGACCGCCCUCCCGACGAAUCAUCAAUCGUUUCCGAAGAGCAAUUCGGUCCGAUAACACCCGUUCUAGAAUGGGAGACCGAGGAAGAAGUAAUCAGCCGGGCAAACAACACCCGCUCUGGCCUCGGGGCGUGCGUCUGGUCUGCCGAUAUCACUCGAGCUGAGCGCAUAUCCCGAAAGCUUCAGGCCGGGACUGUAUGGGUGAACAGCUUUGAAAAGCCGCUUCCCAUGGCAUACUUCUCCGGACACAAGGAUAGCGGCGUAGGAGGUGAAUGGGGCAGGCAGGGAUUGCUUUCCUAUUGUUAUACCCAAUCACUACAUGUGUACAAGGACAACGUGCUAACCGCUGCUGAAGCAUUGGUUCUGCCAUGAUCCUGAUUGGAAUGAUUUGUACUCAGAAACGUAUAGACAGGGCCAGUGCCGAGAGGUUCUCAAGAGCUUUCAUAGAUGUAAUAGGCUGAUCCUUUGCAGUGACGUGAUGAUGCUAUGAAUUUCGCUCAUGUCUGAAUCAUAUUUGAUUGGAAGCCCGGCUGGUGUCUCGAUUUCGCUGCUGCCGGCGACGACUUGGUCUUCGGUGGAGUUGCGUGGAGAACCGUGCAGGUGGGCUACAGUAGCUUUGACCAGGAGCCAAAACUCCGUAGCAUGUCGAAUAAAUCCAGGGCGUAACCACAUGUUUGCUAGAAUAUCCGGACCAUUGUCGCUGGGCGUGUUUGUGGUUCGGUUUGCAAGCCAGAAUCGUUUCCAGUUGGCAAUCCCCGUAUGGAUCGGCAAUCCCCGCAUGGAUCGGGAAC